UUGGUCCUUGGUCGAUGCCAGUAAUCGAUGCGGCCGCCCUCGGAUAAUGCAGCAUGGACGAAAAUACCAGACCCAAGAGCUACAGCUGAGGAAGCAGACCCUUGCAUUGUCAACGAUUUCGGGUGAUUGAACGAAAGUGAUGUUCCAACAAUGCCGAUAGUGGAUAAACUCAAGGAGGCACUAAAACCCGGCCGAAAGGAGACAGGCGAUGAGGGUGACCUCAACAAGCUGUUGGCUUCCUCUGCCAAGAAGGUGCUUUUGCAAAAGAUAGAGUUUGAGCCUGCCAGUAAGGGCUUCUCCUAUCAGCUGGACAGCCUAAAGAACAAGUAUGUGAUCCUCAAUCCAAGAAACGAGGGUGCUACUGGCCAGAAGGCCACAGAGUCUGUGCAAAUAAAGAGGCAAGUCUCGGAGAAUGUAGUCGGCGGCCAGAGCGAUGGGAUCCCUGCCCCACAGAAGAUGCUCUUUCCAGGCAACAAGCUUACCCUUAAAUGGGAGCGUGUGUACAGGGUGGGAGCCGGCCUCCACAACCUGGGAAACACCUGCUUCCUGAACUCCACAGUGCAAUGUCUCACCUACACCCCUCCGCUUGCCAACUACUUGCUCUCAAAGGAGCACAGCCGUGCCUGUCACCAGUCAGGCUUUUGUAUGAUCUGUAUUAUGCAGAACCACAUCAUCCAAGCCUUUGCCAACACAGGCAACGCCAUCAAGCCUGUCUCCUUCAUCAGAGACCUGAAAAAAAUCGCCAGACAUUUUCGCUUCGGAAGCCAGGAGGACGCUCAUGAAUUUUUGCGAUACACGAUCGAUGCCAUGCAGAAAGCCUGUCUCAACGGAUAUCCCAAGUUAGACAGACAGACACAGGCCACAACAUUGGUUCACCAGAUCUUUGGAGGUUACCUCAGGUCAAGAGUGAAAUGCUCCAUUUGUAAAAGUGUGUCAGACACAUAUGAUCCAUACCUGGACAUAGCUGUGGAGAUUCGGCAAGCUGCAAACAUUGUACGAGCCCUGGAGCUCUUCGUCAAACCAGACGUGUUAAGUGGAGAAAAUGCUUACAUGUGUGCCAAGUGCAAAAAGAAGGUGCCAGCAACCAAGCGGUUCACAGUCCAUCGAACAUCUAAUGUCCUCACCCUCUCGCUGAAGAGGUUCGCCAACUUCAGCGGAGGGAAAAUAACAAAGGAUGUUGGGUAUCCAGAAUUUCUGAACAUCCGCCCCUACAUGUCUCAGAGCUCAGGCGAUCCUGUUAUGUAUGGCCUUUAUGCCGUUCUAGUGCACUCUGGCUACAGUUGUCAUGCUGGCCACUACUACUGCUAUGUCAAGGCAAGCAAUGGGCAAUGGUACCAAAUGAAUGAUUCAAUGGUGCAUUCUAGCAACAUCAAAGUGGUCUUGAACCAACAGGCUUAUGUGCUUUUCUACCUGAGGAUCCCUGAAACCAAAAAGAAUGCUGAUGGGCAGACCACCAAGCAGGCCGUGUUGAAUUCUGGGAAGAACAGCGUGUCGUCUGAACAAAUAAAGAGGGCCAACCUGAAUGGACCCCUCUCAUCCCCGCAGGUCACAAAGAAACUUGAGCCUGCACAGCUGCGUAAGAUCCAGUCAGUGGAUGGUGGUUUGGGUUUGCCCAUUUCCAGGAAUGGAGUGAGCAGCCAGCCUCAACCACGACCAUCCAACUGGACCUUAUCUUCCAACGGACCCUUAAAGCUGCCAGGUGGACCCACGGUUAUUGAGGAACCAUUGAAGAAGCUCAAAAAGCCCUCUCCUCAAAGCCAAACGCAGUCCCGCAGCAGCACCCCGGCCCCUUCCAACAACGGGGUCGGCAGGACGGAGGGAGAUAAGAAGCAGGGUGGCGAGGGCAGAAGCAUGGCAGCGUCUACCUCAUUUAAGUCUUUGUCUGACUCUUCCUCUGCCGACACCUCUGACUCAAAGGACUCGGCGGGUCCUAAAAGCGCACCGGUAGGAGAGACUCCCUCCACUCCUCGGAAAGGCUGCAACGGCCUGGCGUCUCCGGCCAAGAGUGUGGAGCGCUCUCAGAGCACAGAUGAGCAAAAGAUGGCAAAAAUAAAACCCCCAGUUCUCAACAACAUCACAUCUGAAGCCACCAGCACCAUGUCUCCACCACCUGCCAAGAAACUGGCCCUGUCAGCCAAGAAGGCUCGCAGCCGGAGUCCGAGCAACACUGAUGCUCUGCCCACUUUGCCACGCCAGCUGUCCACACAUCAAAAUCAACUUAACCACCUCGCCGUUGCCUCACCCUGUCAUGCUCACAGAGCCAAUUCAUUCCAUUCACCUCAAGUCCAGCCAUUGCCUUUUGUUCACUCAAGUGGAUCUUUCAAAGAGCAGAGCCCCCCCCAAAAGUCUUUUUCCUCCACAUUGCAAAAACCAAGCGCCAGCCUUUGUCUUAAAACCAAUAGGCUUCACAGUUCCAGUCCAAAGAGCCCCAAGUCUUCCAACAACCUUAGCUCUGAGGUCCAAGAUCUAGACAAUAACAUACUUUCAGCAGAAAAGUUCAACCAAAAGAAGAAGAGGAAAAAGAAAAGACGCCAUAGUGAGGUUGAAGGUGACGCAGAGCCAGUUUUGUCCCCAGCAGCAGUGACGCAGUCCACACUCGAGGAACCAGCUGGCGAGAAGAAACAUAAGAAGAAAAAGAAAAAACGAAAGAGAGAGAAUGAGGAUGGAGAGAAAGUAAAACAGCGCAAGUGUGUCCAGUCUCAUCUGGACACAUCAGCUCAGGAAGAGGAUUGGUGUCAGGGUGGCAUGUGGAGCCUAACACCUCGGCCAGAUGCAGAAGAGUCUAAGCAAAAGCCACCGUUAGCAGGGCCAGUCGAGAAACAAAGCCAGUUACUCGAGCCAAGCGAGGACCAGGGAAGGGACUCAGUGCAGCCAGUGGUCAAGAAGAAGCGUAAGAAGAAAAAGAAAAUUCACCAAGUCGAGGAUCAACAGGAACCGACUCCAGCACGCUCUGCAUCACAAAGCAAUUCAGAGAUGAGGUCCACAGUCGUUCAGAAUGACACAGACGAAGUAAUACUGUUAAAAAAGAAAUUAAAGAAGAAGAAGAGACUAAAAGAACAGGAGAGCAGGGAGUGUUCAAAUGGACAGAAUGAUGAGCCCAAAGCAUCAGAGCCUCCUUCAAAAAAGAGCACCACAGAGAACGGCAAGAGCGAACAAAGGACGGCUGCGGUGGUGGUGUGGGACAGCCAAGUGAGGGACGGCUACAAGCGCAGUAAAGCGCCAGCAGCUAAUGGAAGUGCAUUAGGAGACAACGCCUCAACCCGUGCUGCUCCGUUAGCCUGGGAUGGAAAGAGGACGAGUGGUGUGGUAGAGGAGCUACUCAGGAACGCCACAGAUAAAGCUUACGGCGCCAAUGUUCUUAGUUGGGAUGGAGAAGUCUCUACUAUUAGUAGAGAUGCAAUGAGGGACGCCCGCCGCUCCAGGACUGACACUGUGAUUGACGAGUGGGAUGAAGACUUUGACCGAGGAAAAGUAAAGAAAAUAAAAGCCUAUAAAAGAGAGAAAUGGACAAGUGGCAUCAGCAUGUUUCAGAAGAUCCAGGACAGGAGGAACAAGUGGUCUGUAACCCCGGGUGGGAAGAGAGGCUUUGGGGUCCGUCGCUGAGAGUCCAAUAUCAAAGCCUAAGGUUGUGCAGACUGGAAACCAAGACAAAAUUUUGCCAGACCUUUAACUUUUUUGUCUUGUUCAGUUCAAGGAUUAGAAGCAGCACAGGAGUGUGCGUUAUCUGGCGAACCCAAGCAAUCUGAUGAACUAUCCAGAAUGAAAUGUUUCCUCAUUGGCCAGCUGGAUUUUACCCUCAUAUCCCCUUUGAUCCAGCAAAUGGCUUCAGCUUUUCUAUGCAUGCAGUAUUUAAUAGGAAACUCUACACACUUAUGUCUAAUGAAAUACUGUGUUGUCCUUUUUUUGCUACUUGGGCAAUGCCCCAAAAAUUCAAUACCCUUUUCUGACCUAUUAGGAAAUGAAGUAUAGUUUUAGCAUACUUGCGAGGGAAUGAGCUGAUUAUCUGCAGCUGUGAACUGGACGCGGUCUUAGGGCAGAUGAUGCUGCUUUUGCAGACAUCAGGGCUCAGUAAGUAGGAGAUAAAAAAGUGACCUUUUAAAACGUCUGUCUGCAGUAGUUCUUAACUGCAGAUACCCCAAACUGUUAUUAUUUUAGAUUUCUGUAUUAUUUUAAUGCUGUAUUCACUGUUGUUUCAUUUUGCUCCGGUGUCUGUUUUUAAGGACCACAUUUUGCCUGCGUACAGUUGGUAAAAUUAGGCUUUAAACCACCAUGUUCCCAAAUUGGCUCAAAUUGGCCUCAACGUUUUUAGUUCUGCCUUUUAAUGCCAAUACAUAAAGUGCUCCUUUUUCUCUAAACAGACUGUUUAUGAAUUGGUAAACAACACCGUUGACUGUCUGCCUUUCAUUUUACCGCUGGUUUUCUUGGAAAACAUUCAGACAGCUUGGCGCGCAUUAGCAGAACACUUUGUGUUGAGUGGAGCAGCUGAGAGUGUUGUUUUCUGCCGUGCAACCGCUACAACACGUAGCUCAUCUCCGUUCAGCAUUCAGUAGAUAUCGGACCUUUCCAUUCCCCAUAGCAAACCGUUCUCCGUACUGAAAUAUAAGGGUUACACUCGCUGCUCAAGGCACUGUGUUAGAAUAAGACUGCCACGUGCUAGCACCCCCCUCCCCCUCCGUUUUAUCUCUAUGCAAUUUCUCCUGAUGAACAUGCUUGUCACCUAGAAACUGGGCUGAGCCUCAGGAACCCAGAAACCCCGUAUCCCAUCAUCGAUCAAACUCUAUCAGAGUAAAACCCCACCCCGGACCAAUGUCUUGCAUCCUGUACAUCCUGUAGAAAUGGUUUUAUACUAAGUAUUUCAGGUGUGGAGUCAAUGGGAUCAUCUUGCACCAAUCUGGGCACAGAUGCAUAGAAACUAAUGUUAUAACAAGAUGCUUUGCCGAUGUAGAAGACUGUACAGUACGUCUUGUGCUACCUGUGUUUCCCUCCAAUGCUGUAAAGACUGGCCCGUGCAAUUCUUUUCAUUCUAGACAUGUUGCCUUGAAUUGGCUAUAAAAAAAACUAUAGGAAUUAAUGUUAUCGAUAUAUAAUUUAAAGAAAAGGCAGAUCUUUAAUGUGCUACUAAUACUUGGAUCAGUUGGUGGGUGUUAACUUGAAACCUUUGUCUGCAAAUGUGUUUGUUCAUUUGUGUAGAGGGUCGUGUUUUUCCCAGCCAGACCUUCCCUGUGUCACUGUAGCGUGUACGGCUGCGUAAAACGGCUGCGGUCUGAUUCCUCUAUGUGCUGUUCGUUAGCUGUGAACUCGACGUAGGUUGCGACUCUCCAGCUGCAGGGGGGGAACUUUUACCAGUUCGGACGGACGGUCCACACGUUUGCAUUGGUUGAUCUGUACUUUGCGCCACCUUUUCUGACCAUGAGAGAGACCUUUCAUAAUGAAAGCGGAUCUUGCCACACAUUAACUAUAAAGGUGCAAUAAAGGUGUGACUUUUG